UUGAUGUUAAUCUUCUUCUGCAUUAUGUUCAUCAGUACAGAAGCUGCUUCAGCUGUAUAUGUGAAGAAAGCAGUGGGUGAUGAAGUUUCCUUUAGUCCAGCCAGUGUUAUCCCUCCUGGAGCCAGCAUUACAUGGAAACACAGAAGCACUAGUGGAGUUGUUAUCAAGGUGAUUGAAUAUGAUGAAGAUGGUACACAGACCCGGAAAACGAACUUCCAAGGCAUCACAACUCUUAAUGAGAAGACUGGAGAAAUCACUAUAAAAAACUUAAUUCCUUUCCACAGUGGAGUUUAUACCAUUGACAUCAACAGCAAAGAGCAGGAACAAAAAUUCAGCUUGACUGUUAUGGAGCGGGUGCCCAAACCUACGAUAACAACAGAGAAAUCUGUCGAAUCAGAAGCUGCAUAUUUGACAUGCAAGUAUAAUGAAUGUGUCACCAUGACCUUAUCAAUCAUUUGGAAGAAUUCUACUGGAGAAAUUAAGACCUUCACGAGUAAUGAGCGAAGUCAGUCCAUCACAGUCCACAGCACUGGAAAUCCAGAAAACUACUACACAUGCACACUAGAUAACAUCGCAAGUGCUGAAACCAGUGAUCCAGUCAGAGAGGAAGAGCUGUUUAAAGAAACAUUUCUCUGUGAAGCAAUGCUUUUCCUUUAA